CGCCACCUGUUGCGUUGGCAUGUUCCUAGCAGCGUUUUCCUUCAUUUCUGCGUUUACGUGUGGACGGGAUUAUUUUUUAAAACGAAAACGGAAAAUCUCCGUGUACGUGUGGACGUAGCCUUGAUAUGCCCAACCAUAUACCAGGAUUAACUGCGAGUGAAAGGUUGAAGAAAAGUGGUGGACGGUCGAAGUGAGGCGGUCCAGAAAUCUUCAAAUGUCCAGAGUCAGAAGAGACUGAGAAGGAAGGUGAGAGGAGACAGGACAGAGGCUCUCCACCCCUGAUGAGACACCAGGACAGUGUGUGAGGAGGAGGAGGAGGAAAAGGAGCCAGCAACAGCUGAGAGAUGCAGAGGAGAACAGGGGGAGAACAAACAGCUCGCUGUAAUUGAGGGACUGGUAAAAACAUUGAAAACACUUUUCUCGAUAUUUGCUUCCUGUAUUUGCAGAAGUAUCUCCAACACAAACUGUAACAGCUGCAUACAGGGAACCACUCACUGAUGUUUAUCCUGCAGGACAGGAUCUGACAGGGAAAGAAGGAAAAAUAAGGGAACCACGGACAACUUUGAUAAUGCUUUGAUUUAUCCAGAAUAUAUUUAGUUCAAAUAUUGUCUUCAUCACAGUGGGAUUGUGCUGGUUUCAGUGGGAAAAGUAUGCAGCUCAUUUAAAUGCAAAGAGCUGUGAAAAGUUGUCCAUUCAUAAAACGUGUCAGUAUUUUAUAAGGAUGUCAUGUUUCUGUAUCACCUCUCUCCUGUUAGAGCCUCUUACCCAAAAAUCAGCCUGUUAAUGCUCUCAUAUCUUCAACAUCUUGAGUAAAUUAUACUGCACAGUUUUCUCAUCAAUAAAAGAAUAUCUACUGCAUCAGUGUGUCUUCAUUUCAUCUGAAACGCACAAGGAUCAAAUCUUAGACUUUAUUUUUGGGGUAUUGUCCUUAAAUAUAACUAAAACUUUCACACAGGGGUCAUAAAUGAUAUGAAAUAGAAAUAAUACCUUGAAUUUUGACUUAAAUGUCAUAUUUGAUUCCACCAUUGAGCUUUCUUUUUCCAAAAAUGGUGUGUAUAUAGUAAAAUAUCACUAAUGUCACUCAUGUUACAUUUGUACCAUCAAACUGAAAUGAGACUAGUGUAAGCAGCUACACUAGCAACUGUUUUACUAGCUAAACUUAGCAUCAUUGUUGUCUAAGGGGACUCAGCGCAUGGCUGUAAUGUUCUCCCGUCACACAGAGCUGAAACGACAGUUUUCACAUAGAAAACCGAGUUUAAAUAAGAACUGGGUACUUUUCUGUUGAAUCAUUUUCAUGAUGUUCGUUUGUGGGCUGCGCUCAGACAGGACGGAAAUAAAGGUUUAAAAAGACCUCGAGUCCUUUUUCAUGUACUCGUGGUGGCUGCAAUUACUCAAACCUUCAAAACACAAAACUGAAAUGUUGUCAACUGAUUGUUGAAGAGAAUAAUCCAAAGCAGACUUCAGGUUUACCAUCAUUUCUGAUAUUCUCUUGAUCUUACACAUCAUCAGAUAUGAGUCCGAGUGCUCUGUCAUGUGGAUGGUAAAGUUUUCCAAGGCCUAACAAGAAGAAAGUUUCCAUCGAAUGAAACUAAAAACUGAAAAUAAAUAGAGGAGCGUUCGGACCUUCCUCGGCAGCGCCGGCGUUGAGCAGAACAGACCCAUGCUGACACCUGGCAAAGGUGGACUUCUCCGUCACCACGGGCAACGAGCUGGCAUCUGGCUGCCGUGGCAACACCGUUCACCAUGUGAUCACUGGGACAGUCUCUGAUAGACGUGGGAGGAGGAGCGAGGAUGACAUUUAUAUCAGAUGAAGAGUUCUGACUGUGUCACAGCUGAACAGACGUCUCAUCGUGUCGGUUUUUCAGCUCUCAGUCAUGAAGAGGUGUGGACUGAUCCUCCUGCUGCUCUCAGGUUACGUGAUGGUCUGCCAUUUUCAGUCUGAUCAGUUAGUCAGACAGCUCCACCUCGUUGACCUGCAGAAGUCCUGGAACGACGCUCAGCAAUACUGCAGAGAUGAGUAUGUUGACCUCGCCAUCGUUAACAGCUCAGCUCUCAUCCAGGAAGCCCAGAAAUGGGCGGGGAGCACAGAGGUGUGGAUUGGACUCUCCAAGAGCGGCUGGAAAUGGUCUCGCCUCGGUCCAGUUCAGUCAUCCUGGUUUAAUUCCUGGUCCCCGGGACAGCCAGGGACUGGGGAGUGUGUUACAAUAUCUAGUGAUGGAUCAUGGUCCACAAGACAGUGCUCAGAACAACAUAGCUUUUUCUGCUUUAAUGGCAUGAGUAGCAGUAUCAUCCUGGUGCCGACCUUGAUGACCUGGCCUGAUGCUCAGUCUUACUGCAGACAGACAUACAUAGACCUGAGCAGCAUGAUUGAUUCAAAUGUAAACACCAUGGCCGCUAACAUGUUGACAUCUUCUAAUCAGGCCUGGAUUGGACUGUAUAGAAAUUACUGGACGUGGUCAAACUUGAGCACAGCCUCAAACCUGCCGUGGGGGCCCGGGCAGCCUGAUGACACUCAAAACUGUGCCACAAUAGAUGCAUCAACGGGCUCCUUCUACAGUCAUAAUUGUAAUGAACAACGCCCCUUCCUCUGCUCCAGAGAUGUCAAAUCUUCUCGAGCCUCGAGGUCAGUGAAGGUUCAGCUGAGGGCAGGAUCUGCAGACCUGAACGACCCCACAGUGCAAGAAUCCAUCCUGCAGCAGGUGAGGGAGAAGCUGCUGGAGCAAGGUAUCAGAGAAGAGGUGAAGCUGAGGUGGAAGACGCAGCCUGAUGGGAAGAUUUUCCACAGAGAGGAGGAGACAGCCGGUUACUGUGAGAAGGAAUACUGUGGGUCGGUUUAGUCUGAACGUUAUUGGCUGAUUUUCCUCAGAUGAUCUGCUGUGUAAUUCAACUGAUUUCCAUCUCUAUACUCUGACUGCUGGACUGUAAUAGUGUAGCUUUGCAUGACUGAUAGUUGGAAAUAAUCCUUAUUUAUCCUAAGCUCAGAUCAAAGAGUGUCUGAUGAGCUGUUUUAUGCCUCUUUGUUUCUUCUGAUUGGUGCAGCUAAAGUUUGCAGGUGAGCAGGUCAUAUUUUUGUUAAUCUCUGUUCCUGGACUGUGUAAAGCAAUUCUUACCAAAGGCCAUUUGUGGACAGAGCAUUUAAAACAGAAAUGUACCCAUGCAAACUAAUUAAAUGUUUAAAACUGUGUAACUUUUGACUGAAAAUA